AUGGUGCACUAUGGUCAUAGCUGUCUUAUACCCAUCCAGGAAACUCAGGGUAUUGAAAUGCUUUAUGUUUUUGUCGAUAUAAAAAUGAAUCUAUGCCAUUUUAUCGAUGUAUUUAAAGCGAAUUUCAACAAAGAUAAGAAGCAUGCUUUGGUGAGCACAAUCCAGUUUGUACCUUCCUUGCAGAGUAUAAAAAAAGAGCUGAAUGCGGAUGGUUAUAAUAUACUGGUGCCACAAGUCAAGCCUCUCAGUCCCGGUGAAAUUCUUGGCUGCACAUCUCCACGCUUGCCUAAUGAUGUCGAUGCAGUAAUAUAUCUCGGAGAUGGGAGGUUUCAUCUGGAAUCAGUAAUGAUACAGAAUCCAUCGAUUCGUGCCUACCAAUAUGAUCCGUAUUCAAAGAGAUUCACUCAUGAAAAGUAUGAUUUCAAUUUGAUGGCUAACAGAAGAAAUGAGGCAGUGCAAGCAGCAAAAAAAUGCCGUAUGUUUGGACUAAUCCAAGGUUCGCUCGGCAGGCAGGGAAAUCCGAAAAUCGUCGAGGAGCUAGAAAGGAGGCUGCAGUUGGCUGGAAAAAUGUUUGUGCGUAUUCUUCUGUCAGAAAUAACACCCGAAAAAUUGUCAUAUUUUAAAGAUAUCGAUUGCUGGGUACAAGUGGCUUGUCCUCGUUUAUCGAUUGACUGGGGUUCCGCUUUUGAAAAACCGCUUUUGACGCCUUAUGAAUUGGUUGCUGCAUUGGAUUCUGUCCCUUUUCGAAUUGACACAUAUCCGAUGGAUUAUUAUGCAAAUGAGAGCCUCGGACCAUGGACGAACAACCAUGAAACAUAUCGAGCAAGGUUGCCGAAGCGGAAACAUAUUAUAAUUGCAGCAUCUCAGGAUUGA